GUUGGUAGGUUGUCCUGUGGAAGUCCACCUCGUCGUGUUUGGAACCGACCGAGCAACAUCUGACCGUUUUUCACCGACUUCAAUGGAGUGAAAUGGUGCCGCUAACGACGGCCCAUGGUUCCUCUUCCUCUCUGCAUCCUCGCUGAGAGCCUCUUGUGCCUCUUUUAAAGGCUGCACGGACCGUCCUAAUUCCUUGGAUCUACCCGGCCAAGCAUCACAAAUUUGGGUGUCUGCUGGUCCAGUCUGAGGAUGGAGAAGUAUGAGAAGAUUGCAAAGAUCGGGGAGGGCUCCUACGGGGUCGUCUUCAAGUGCCGAAACAAAGACACGGGGCAGGUCGUCGCCAUCAAGAAAUUUGUGGAGUCAGAGGAUGAUCCCAUUAUAAAAAAGAUUGCACUGAGGGAGAUCAGAAUGCUUAAGCAACUGAAACACGCCAACCUGGUGAAUCUGAUCGAGGUGUUUCGGCGUAAACGCAAGCUCCACCUCGUGUUCGAGUACUGCGACCACACGGUCCUCAACGAGCUGGACCGACACCCCCGAGGAGUCCCAGAGCACCUUGUAAAAAGUAUAACCUGGCAGACACUUCAAGCUGUCAACUUCUGUCACAAACAAAAUUGCAUUCACAGAGACGUCAAGCCGGAAAACAUUCUCAUCACCAAACACCGGGUCAUCAAGCUCUGUGACUUUGGGUUCGCACGGAUUCUCACAGGCCCAUGUGACUACUACACGGACUACGUGGCGACCCGUUGGUACCGGGCCCCUGAGCUGCUGGUGGGGGACACUCAGUACGGCCCUCCUGUGGACGUGUGGGCGAUCGGUUGUGUGUUCGCUGAGCUGCUGUCGGGGACGCCGCUGUGGCCCGGGAAGUCGGACAUGGAUCAGCUGUAUCUGAUCAGAAAGACUCUCGGAGAUCUGACACCUCGACACCAGCAGGUCUUCAGCAACAACCAGUUCUUCUGUGGAGUUUCCAUCCCAGAGCCACAAAACAUGGAGCCUUUGGAGAAAAAAUAUCCAAAUCUCUCACAUCAAGCUCGGAGUCUGAUGAAGGGCUGUCUGAGGAUGGACCCGUCGGAGCGGCUCACCUGUGAGCAGCUCCUCCAGCAGCCGUACUUCGACAGCCUGCGAGAAAAGGGCUCCGGCUCCUCUCGAGAGCAAGACCGCUCGGGCCACAGGACACGCUUACCUCGCAAACACCUCCCUCCCGGGUAUUUGCCACAGCUCACCAGCAGCAGUAUCUUCCCAGUUUUGGACAAUAAGAAGUACUACAACAACCUGCGCAAAUAUAAUUAUCAUCUACCGAACAUCUGAGCUGGAUCGAACCGACAGUUUCCUGCAGCACCUUGGUUUUGGACUUGACCACUUUUUGUCAUGUCUCAUGAUACUGAUGUCAGUCUAUGCACUAUUUCCUAACAUGGGGACUCCACACAUGUUGGUUUACAUAUGCUGCCUGCUUUUAUAAAGACAAGGAGCCAUGCUCCGCUUGUAGUCUGAAGGUAAAACUCUGCUGUACUGCCAAAUGUAUUUUUUAUACAACAAUGUACUAUUUAAAAAAAAAAAAAAAAAGUGACCUGCUUUUAGUGGUAAGUUGCAA